CCGCGCAACGCAGACGAUCGCGACGCCCGAGAAUGAUGACAAUGGCUUGCGAGCGCUUUGGCUUUGUCAAGCGAUAGCUGUACUCCCUUGCAGUCUGCUCACGCCAGCUUCAGCAGCACGAGGGCUGUAGAAGGACAGCACAAAGAUGGCGUUGACCAAUUGCUCCUGCUCGUGCGGCGUCGCUACAGGCGACCAAUCACAGCUUGCAGACCUUCCAGGUCGACCAACACGGCGAGAGGACCGCACUCGAGCGCCCUCGCUGUCCAGCAGGAAGGCGAUCAGCUGGCUGUGCCUGGGACUCUUGUCUAUUUCCGGCUUAGGUGGUGCUCAAGCCAACAGCCUGCUGGCCCGCCCGAACGAGCACGGGCGCUCACUGCCGGCGUCUGAACACCUCGAGAGGUACAGUCAUCAUGGCCAAGUGAGACAGCCAGCCAGGCGAGAGUAUGACACGCAUCAUUACUAUGUCGUCGAACUCGAUGCCGCUCACCAACUGGCGUGGCAUCCCGAUGGACCCGCUCAAAUAGCUUCAUCACUAGGGGCAGAGCUAGUCGAGCAGCUUGGCGAGCUGCAAGAUCACUACCUUGUUCGAAGUGCGAAGCCGCUGUCCCGUCGCGAUAAUGACGAACACGAUGCUGUGCUUGCUCGCUACGCUGCGCUAAAAGAACGCUCAGAUCUGAUCAAGCGCUCCGACGAUCACGGGGCUGCUAUACUGUCGCUAGACAAACAGGUCCUGCGUCACCGUGUGAAGCGCUUCAUGGAACUCGGUGAUCUGUCCAAUGAAGUUUUGCCGCGCUCGCCACAAUACCCCGGUGCAAAGCAAGACAACAAGCCUGUGCCCAAGUAUCUACGCAUGCUCGCGGAUCGCUUCUCCAUUCCAGAUCCCUUAUGGCCGAAGCAAUGGCACCUCGCCAAUGACGACAUGCGCGAGAACAGCAUCAAUGUACCGCCAGUCUGGGAGCAAGGUAUCAACGGGUCUAACAUCGUCGUCGCUAUCGUCGAUGAUGGCCUUGACAUGCAUAGCAUGGACUUGGAAGAUGCCUUUGCAGCCAAAGGAUCGUGGGACUACAAUGACCACACCAAUUUGCCGGAACCGCGUCUAUCUGACGAUCAGCAUGGUACACGGUGCGCAGGAGAGAUUGCUGCUUCCAAGAACGACGUCUGCGGUCUCGGGGUGGCAUAUGGAGCAAAAGUGGCGGGCAUACGGAUCCUGUCUGGCCCAAUCUCGGAUGCCGAUGAAGCUGCUGCAUUGAAUCAUGGCUAUCAGGUCAACGAUAUCUACUCGUGCUCCUGGGGGCCGCCAGACGAUGGAAGAUCGAUGGAAGCGCCCAGCAGGCUGAUCUACAAAGCCAUGCUCAAUGGCAUCCAGAAGGGUCGGGAUGGCAAAGGAAGCGUCUUUGUUUUUGCAAGCGGUAACGGCGGUGCCCUGGACGAUCAGUGCAAUUUCGAUGGUUACACCAAUUCAAUCUUCUCCAUCACCGUUGGCGCAAUCGAUCGCAAGGGUCAUCAUCCCUUUUAUUCGGAAGCUUGCGCUGCCAACAUGGUCGUUACCUACUCGUCCGGCUCAGGCGAUAAUAUACAUACGACGGACGUCGGGCGUAACAAGUGCACUGAUCACCAUGGCGGAACCAGUGCUGCAGCUCCGAUCGCCGCCGGCAUCUUCGCUCUCGUCCUACAAGUCCGACCCGAUCUGACCUGGCGUGAUAUGCAGUACCUCUGCGUACAGACCGCAGUGCCCGUCAAUACGGACGAAGACGACUGGCAGACCACGCAAGCUGGUCGACCGUACAAUCAUCGGUACGGCUAUGGCAAACUCGAUGCAUAUGCCAUCGUCGAAGCCGCAAAGAAGCACAAGCUCGUCAAGCCACAGGCAUACUGGUCUUCGCCCGACCGGGAGAGCGCACUGUCACUGUCCAAAGCCGGCGUAUCGACAGAGAUCGAUGUAACGCGGGAGAUCCUCAAGAAUGCCAACUUUGGCCAGCUCGAGCAUGUCACUGUCAUUGUCAAUAUCACCCAUUCGAAGCGAGGUGACGUCGAAGUGAUAUUGGAGAGUCCACAUGGCACGCAAAGCAUUCUAGCCCGGACGAGACGCUACGACUCUGCUAGCACUGGCUUCCCGAGAUGGAAGUUCAUGAGCGUCAAGCAUUGGGGCGAGAGUCCGCUCGGCAAGUGGAAGCUGACCGUGAAGGAUCAAGGCGACUCGCAGCAAAAUGGCACAUUCUAUGCCUGGCAGCUGGAUCUCUGGGGCGAGAGCGAAGAUGCCUCACUCGCGAGGCCAUUCAAGAUGGCAGACGAUGCUCAAGUCAUACUACCCAAGCCUGGCUCGCUUGCAGAUCUCAACAUGACCGACCCAGACGCACAGGACAAAUCCAAUGAUGACUUACUUGAGCUUCAGCCCGGGCAGACCGAUGCUACCAAAACGAUACCUAAACCGACGGAGCAUCUUCCGUCGAAUCACUCCCAAGCGAACCUCGAUAAGCCUGCACAGACGGAGAAGCCAAUCAGCGACAUAGAGGAACCUCAUGCUGACGACAAGCCGCCUAGCACUGAGUACCUGGACGAUGACAGCGAAGACGAUGGCUAUCUCGGUAGCAUGUCGUCCAUGCUGGCCAACCAGCGCGGCUUCUUCGCAACAGUUGCAGGCGUCGUUCUCACUGCAGGCUGUGUCGGUGCUUUCCUCGUCAUACGACGCAAUCGAUUACGAAGACGAGAAGCGAUCAACCGACGUGGUUACUUCUUCGAAUCUGUGCCUGCCGCAGACGACGAGAUGGGUCUCAAGCGAGGCGCUGGCGAUGCUUCUCUUGGCGGUAGAACGCGCGAUCUCUACGACGCUUUCCAAGUGGGCGACUCGGACAGCGAUGACGAAGAAGGGUUCCGUCAGUCAGAGUCAUCCAGAUUAGUUGGACGGAGUCUCGAUCGGCAGCGACAAUCGCUCGGUGAGCCACCUGCUCGACAGUCUGCACAGCUCGCAAGUGCAGAUUCGAAAGCUGUAUAGCCUCCAUGCAUUCGAUGUUGUAGCUCUUCUUCAACCGUCACGCGAGUAAUUGACGCG